CAGAACGAAAGAGGACACUUCAGCUACGAGAGAGGCUCAACUCGUCUGUACCGAAACCCGAACGCUAACACAUCCAUUGUGGAAGGACGAGUCGCGUGCUGGACUAGGGCAGCUUACACACUUGGCGCAUCUCCUUUCUGCUCUUCCUCUUUACACGCAUCUUCGUUUCUUUGCGCCUAGCCUUUGACUCUUCUUGUAUUAUCACCCUCCCUACUGGCGACCAUGUGGCUGAAGUCCCUCGUGUCAGCCCUGGGACUGGCCGCCUUGGUCCAGGGUCAGAUCACCUCGGAAGAUGAUGGAGAGAUCAGGAGUAUUGCGCUGCGGACGCAUUCCUUGCAACAGCCGUAUCUCGAUUCGGACAUGCAGAGCCGAUGGUACGACUUUGGUGGAGACACAAUUGUUCGAACAGACUCGUACAUGCGACUGACAUCAGACCGCCAAUCGCAAACCGGAUGGCUCUUCUCGAGGGUCCCCCUGACAGCAACGAACUGGGAAAUUGAGGUCGAGUUCAAGAUCAGCGGCAAGGGUCAGCUCUACGGCGACGGGUUCGCCUUCUGGGUGACGAAGAACCGCGGCCAGGUCGGGCCCGUCUUCGGGGGCGUGGACAAGUUCGAGGGCCUCGGCAUCUUCUUCGACACGUACAAGAACAACCGGCCCGGCGUGGUCUUCCCUUACGUCAUGGCCAUGGUCGGCGACGGCGAGACGGCCUACGACAAGAACAACGACGGCAAGGCGAACGAGCUGGCGGGCUGUUCGGCGCGCGGCCUCCGCAACCCCACCAUCCCGACCAAGUUCAAACUGACCUACUUCCAGGACAAGCUCCUGAAACUCGAGCUGCAGUACAAGACGGAGGGGAGCUGGCAGCUCUGCUUCGAGACGCGGGAGCCCCCCUCCCUGCCGUCCAUCUCUUACCUGGGCUUCACUGCGGAGACGGGCGAGCUCCACGAUAACCAUGACAUUAUUUCCAUCCAGGCCAGGAAUCUCUACACGGCGCCUAGCAAGAACAAGGGCCCCUCGUCUUCGUCGUCUUCGUCGUCUACUUCGAACAACAAGGACCGGAAGAUUUCCAAGCCUAAGAGGGAGGGCGGGAGCUGGAGCUGGUUCCUCAUGAAGACCGUCCUCUUCUUCCUGGCCGUCGGCGGUGCUUAUGUUGGUUAUACUGCGUGGCGCGCGAAGAACGAGAAGCGCCACCGCUUUUAAAUCGCCAAACAAAAGACCGAAGAUUGGGGAGGCGUCAUGCGGUGCUGCGUCUCGUUGCGAGAUGUGAGGCGGGCGAAGGAGGGGAUACGGCUCAGCAGAGGACGAGUAACCAUGCACAUGUCAUGCCUCGAAAAAAGAAAGAAAAAAAAAAGAAACAGAACAUAUUUCUUGCUUUGUAGUAUCUGUCGAAUUAUCCGAAGUUCGCCGUCCUUGUCCAUUGGGUUUCCUAAACCAUUAUCCCGCAGCCUCUCUUGACGGAAGUGGCAGGAGAUGCGGUCCCAUGUUAGAUGCAGAGCGAGUUUGGGACGCUGAACCAGAGUGACUGGUAGAAAGAUUCGUAGCCAAAGAAUGUCAAGAGAGAAAUCAAGCCCGCAAGGGUAUGUGAGCUUGAGUUGCAAUAGUUGCAUGUAUUCG